CACCGCUCGCAUCUCUAGCGCAGCUGGGCCAUCAAGACAUAAACAGAAAUGAAAAACUGAAAAUCGAGGAUGUUUAUGUUCCGAAACUGUGCUGUUCUGCUGGUGAUCGGCUCGAUAUGCUGCCUCCUCUACGGCCUCUUUAAUCUGCACGUGGAGGUGGAGCCGAAUGCCUGCCGGAUGACCUACAUGUUCGGCGAGCCCAUGUUUGCGAAAGUCGGGGUCAAGGGCGGCGAUGAGUAUCCAAAUUACGGUCUGUACUACUACUACGAGGGCCUGCGACAGCCGCUGGAUCCGCUGAAGCGCCGGAUGACGGGUGCUCCGGUGAUCUUCGUGCCCGGCAACGCCGGCUCCUACAAGCAGGUGCGCUCCCUGGCCUCCGUGGCGCUGCGCAAGGCGAUGUCCGACGACGCGGGCCUCCACCUGGACUACUACACCAUUGACUACGACGAGGAGCUGUCCGCCCUGUACGGCGGCUAUCUGCCCCGCCAGCGGAGCUACCUGAAGCUCUGCAUCCGCACCAUCCUCUCGAUCUACGAGGGUCGCGCGGAGCAGCCCUCCAUCGUCCUGAUUGGCCACUCGAUGGGCGGCAAGCUGGCGCAGUCCGUCCUGGUGGAUCCUUCAAUUGGCCAGCACAUCAACACGAUUGUCAGCAUCUCCACGCCCCUCGACCAGCCGGUGCUCAAUCUGGAUGCCCAGCUGGAGGGGUUCUACGGCCAAACGGACGCCGUGCUGGCCAAGCUGCGCACGGCCACGGUGCCCACGGUGACCACCAAUGUGUGCGACAGCCUGCACCAGCGGCCGCCGAGUGUGCAGCGCAUGGCCAGCCAGGACAGCUCGGCGCGGCUGGACAACGUGCUGCUCAUCUCGACGGGCGGCGGCAACAGGGAUCUGCUGGUGCGGCCAGGACUCACCAGCUCGCGGUUCAACGAUCUGCACGCCAUGACCUCGGCCAUACCCAGAGUUAGCCUGAGCUGCGACCAUCUAUCCGCCGUGUGGUGCCUGCAGUUCAUGCAGGCCAUCAACAGGUUUCUCUUCAGCAUUGCGUAUGUGCGCGAGGACCGCUCGUCGAUCGCUUUUGGCACCAACAAACAGCGCAACCUGCAGUCGGCUUUAGCCACCUUUGUCAAACCGCGGAGACGGCAACAGAGCACCGUGCGAUUCGGAGCGGCUGGAAAUUGGCACGAGGAGCGGCGUCUCGUGAUAAACAAGUACUUUAGCAACGGACUGAAGGGCAUCUUCUUCGAUUUGAUCGGCUUGCAGCGCCAGGAGAGGUACAGGAAAAUGGCCAUUGAGGCGUUGAAUGUGGAUGACGAGGACUGGUUGUUUGGCUGCUCGGCCCAGGAGCACAACCAGACGGGACAGCUUUAUUGCGAAAGGGCCACCUCGCUGAUGCACCUCGUCCAGCGGCUGCCCAACGAAGAUCGCGAUCCCCGCAGCAUCGCCAUCCUGGAUCUGCACAACCUGCGCAAGACCUACGUGCAGUGGAGCCACGUGCUGGUGCGCCUGCCGCCGAGCGCCAAGCGAAUCGGCUACAACCUGGACAUCUACGAUCCGCGGGAGCGCGUGACGGACAUCAAGAUGCCGCGCUGGUACACCAUGGCCAAGCUGCCGCUGAUAAACGAGACCCUGCAGGGCACGCUGCACCAGCGGCUGCGCGUCGCCGAGAUGGUGGAUCCGUACCAGAGCAUUCGGGUGAUUGUGGAGCCGCUGCAGUGCAUCAGUGCGGAGUACCGGGUGACCGCCAGGAUAUGUGUGCCCUGGGCGGCGGGCUUUGAGCGCUUCCAGACCCUCAAAUCGUUUGAUCAGAAACCCCAGUUGUAUGUAAAUGUGCCGACUUUAGUGCCCCGGCAUUACAAUACCACUCUGAAUCCGGUGACACUGGAUCUUUACCUGGAUCCCACUUGCCGCUAUCGCAUCAGCUAUGAGUACUCCUACUCCUCGGCCUUGUCGCGAUUGAUUCUCGAGUUUUACGGCUGGCUGCCGGCCCAUCUGGUCUGCGUCCUGCUGAUUGUGCUGCGGAAGCAGGUGGAGACCUUCCACGAGGUGGGAACCUUCCGCAGCCUGCGUCCCUAUGUGGGCUACCUGCAGUACACGUCGCUCUAUGUGGUCACAGCCUGUCGCCUGCUUAAGAAGCUAAUCAUCACCAGCCGCCUGUUGCCCGAGCCAGAGUCCCUGGACUACAGCAUCAAUGUGUCCAUUGUGAUCCACUGCGCGGCCAUCGCCCUGUCCCUUUUGGCCACCCUGGGCACCUGGCUCGCCCUGACGCUCUACGGCAACGCCUUCUACCGCCUGGCCCUGCGCAUCACACGCCUCUCGCAGCCCACCUCCAACGUGAUGCUCUCGAUCAUGACCCACCUGCCGAUUACGUUCGGCAUCCUGACCAUCGCCACGGCCAUGGGAACCUGCAGCGGAGUGGGUCUGCUGCUGGCCUUUGUCUUCUACUUCCUGAUGCUGUCGAAUGCCUACAAGGACUAUCUGGAGGACUUUCUCUGGCAGAAGGCGGCUAACUUGGUGCGCGGCAAGCCAGCUGCAGUGGCAGCGGAGGAGCCGAACGCAGAAGAGGAGGCUCUGGAAACGAAGCAGGAGCAGCAGCCGGAGGAGGAGGAACCGGAGCCCUGCGUGGGCCUGCAGAACUUCUCCUUUCACGUCACUCUGCUGCUGAUGUUGCUCGUGCAGCUGCUGCUCAAUGCUCCCAGUAGUUUGGCCUGGGUGCGCAGUCGUCGGCAUGGCAUUGACUUGCCGGAUCCGAGCUUGUAUCCCAGUAUCGUGGUCAUGGCUUCACUUAGUUUACUCCUGCAGCUAAGGGCUCCCCAAAAAUGUCAGGGCUACUGGAUGCUUUCGCUCGUGUUUUACCUUCUGGCCGGCGUGGUUCUACUGUACUGCCAGGCGGCCAUCUACAGGCUGACCUAUGUGAUUGCCGGGGCCUUCGCCCUGCUCUCCGUGCACCAAAGUCUUUGGAUAUUAUGGCGUCGUCUGUCUAGUCCCCAAAUCUAGUUUGAAUUUUGUUCUCCAAGCGUUAAUUCGUUAUUUAUUGCUGCGUUAGUUGGUUCAGUUGCGUAAGCCAGCCCCGUUUGGGAUCUCUCCUCCAGCGGGAAGUCCAAACUGGGCCCCAAUGGGCGUUGCUCUCGAUUUGCCUCGAUCGCACAUUACACGUAUUAAUUGUUUUUACGCCUGUCGCCGGCGCUUUAGGCGCUGGUUAGCGAUACCUCGGACAUCUCGGGCGGCCGCACGUUAAUCUCCAUUUGCGGAAAAUGUGUGAAAAUGUGCGAAAAUGCCUUGGAACAGCCACACUCCCCAGCCAGACUGUAGUUUGAUUUUAGCCAAAGACGUUACUUUUAGUAUUUUAUCUUUUUAUCCUUUCCGAAAUUAUUUAAUUCAUAGUAUUAUUAAUCCUUUGUUGUGGAAUACAUAUCUUAAUUUAAGAUCAUAUGAGAUUGAGUGAGGAUUUUGUAAAGAAAAUCUAAAGCAAUAGAAAUUAACUA